AAGAUUAAUUUCCGCGGUUUAAUUCAAAGAGGAGGUGAAGAUUUUCUGGUAGGAGGAGGAGAAGGAAAAGUGAGAUAAGAACAGGACCAAAAAUAGUAGCCAGAGAGCCAGGAGAAGACAGCCAGGCAUAAUGGAUAGACACAGGAGAGCCAUGAGCGUUGGAAUCACAGUCAAGAUUAAGAGGAGUAGUGGUUUAGUCCAUGAUGCAUCAGUGACUGGGAUAGACUCUUUGAAAGGCCUCGUGUCUGUGGAGUGGUAUGAAAGUGGAGAAACUAAAGGAAAAGAGAUUGAUCUUGACUCGUUGAUUCAACUCAACCCUCAGUUUGCUAAUCUUAUGACUCCGCCCACUUCAGCCACUAAAGCAUCGAGAAGAACUAACAUUGCAGCAGGACCCCUGAGUGGUAUACCUCGCCCCCAAGGUUCUGUUCGAUUAAGAAAUGUUGAGAAUAUUAUUAGCACUAAAGGCAGUUCUAAAGGUAAGGUAGAGAGAGGGAGAGAGAACGUGUGAAAAUACAUAAUUUAC